AGCCGAACAUCUCCGAGCCGCCCCGGAGGCGGGAAUCUGGAGACGACGCUCCGCAGCUCAGAGAGGAAGCGGAAAUGCGUAUCGGUAUUAAAGGCGUCGCCCCGCCCCUUACGUGCCUCUUUCCGUCUCCGGCUGUUGCUGCGACAGGAGCUCCAGCCAUGUCUGCCCACCUGCAAUGGAUGGUCAUCCGGAACUGCUCUAGUUUCCUGAUCAAGAGGAACAAGCAGACGUACAGCACCGAACCCAAUAAUCUUAAGGCCCGCAACUCCUUUCGCUACAACGGGCUGAUUCACCGCAAGACGGUGGGUGUGGAGCCAGCAGCCGAUGGCAAAGGUGUGGUGGUCGUCAUGAAGCGGAGAUCUGGCCAACGAAAGCCGGCCACCUCCUAUGUGCGGACUACCAUCAACAAGAACGCCCGGGCCACCCUCAGCAGCAUCCGGCACAUGAUCCGCAAGAACAAGUACCGCCCAGACCUGCGCAUGGCUGCCAUCCGCAGGGCCAGCGCCAUCCUGCGCAGCCAGAAGCCCGUGAUGGUGAAGAGGAAGCGGGCCCGCCCCACCAAGAGUUCCUGAGCACCCCCUCCCCCCCAGAUCAAUAAAGGUAUCAGCCAGCUUUCUUCAACUGCC